AUGAGCUUCUGGCAUGUCCUGCCCUUCUUCUUUGCCAUUCAUGAGAUCAACCAGAAUCCAAAGCUGCUACCCAACAUCACCCUGGGCUACAGCAUCUAUGAGAACUUUUUCAACGCAAGGAUAACAUAUGAGGUCAUGAUGGACUUGCUGUCUACAGGGCAAGAGAAUGUCCCAAACUACAGUUGUGGAAGACAAAAUAAUCUUUUGGCUGUGCUUGAAGGGACUGAUUCAGAGUUCUUUACUUCCAUUUCAACUAUGCUGGGCAUCUACAAAAUUCCACAAAUCAACUAUGGGGUCAUCAGCCACAUUCCAGAGCAGAAACAUCAUUUCCCUUUUUUCUACCGGAUGAGUCCAAAACAAGAACCUCCUCACUUGGCAAUUGUCAAGUUGCUCCUGCAUUUCCGAUGGACAUGGAUCGGCCUCGUUGCUCCGGACAAUGAAAGUGGAGAAAAGUUCAGAAGAACCUUUGUGCCAGAAGCCGUAAGGAAAGGUGUCUGUGUUGCCUUCUCAGAAAGCUUAUCCUUGGAUCGUAGAGCAACGAGGGAAAAGAACAUCCUUGAAUAUUUUAGCGACACUAAAGUGAAAAGUAUUGUUUGUUACUUGAACUUUCAGGUCACAUUAAUACUAGCAGUGCUAUUACGAGACAUUGAAAAGAAAAAAAUCCUGUUUGAGGAAAAAGUAUGGAUUGCUACAGCUUUGUCAGAUUUAAAUGAAAGUUUGGAAAGGCAGCAUUUCUGUGUUCUUAUUCAAGCCCUUUGUUGUCUAAGAAAGUUUGGAACAGAUGCCUUGAAAAAGAGACUUGGGAAGUCCCAUCCCCGGAUCUGGUUGAAAGAAUCCUGUCUGAGGAUGGCUCCACUCCAUCCAUUUCUAAGAAACUUCCAGAUUUACAAUUUUUCUGUAAAUGAUGUUUAUUUGGAUGAGUAUGGAAUUAUCACUGCUGACUUUAAUAUCAUGGACUGGGCAAUAUUUCCCAACAAAUCUGCUGCUGGGGUGAUAAUUGGGAAUGUUGAAAAAGAAGUCUCUUCAGUCAUCAAGAUCUCUGUGGAUGAGAGUGCCAUCAUAUGGCCAACAUCUUUUAACCAGAAAAUGGAAGAAACUGAGAAAAAGAUGGAGGAAAGAAAAGAAGAAAAUCAAAGAUUAGCACAGGCAAAUAAAAGCUUGGAAGAUACAAUCACAAUACUGGAAAUGGAAAACGCGUCACACUUUUUAAGACUACAGAACAUACCUGAAGAUAAGGAGGAAGUCCUAACAGAAAUGAUUACUAAUUUGUUUGUUGAGGCACUAGAAGUGGAAAAAAAUGAGAUGAAAGGAGAAUUGGAUCAGAAGGCCCCGUUUUCUAGGUGUACGGAAAGUUGCCUCCCAGGAUAUACCAAGCUGAUGAGAGAGGGAGAACCAGUUUGCUGCUAUGACUGUUCUCCAUGUAUGGAAGGAACCAUCUCUGUGCAGGAAGAUGUAGCCCAAUGUGCAAAAUGUCCAGAUGACCAUUUCUCCAACGAGAAGCGGGAUCAGUGUGUUGCCAAAGUUAUAACUUUCCUGUCCUACAGAGAAAACCUAGGUGUCAUCCUGGCUGUCUUUGCCCUUUUUUUGUCUCUUACCACUGCCUUAGUUCUAGGAAUUUUUAUUAAAUAUCGAGAAACUCCCAUAGUCAAAGCUAACAACCGUGAUCUCACCUACAUUCUGCUGAUCUUUCUCCUGCUUUCCUUCUUGACUUCCCUUCUAUUCAUUGGUCAACCCAAGAAAGUGACCUGUCUUCUUCGACAAACUGCCUUCAGUGUUGUUUUCUCAGUUGCUGUGUCAUCCUUGCUGGCCAAGACUAUCAUGGUGGUGAUGGCAUUUCUGGCCACAAAGCCAGGAAGCAAAAUAAGGAAAUGGCUGGGGAAAUCUUUGGCCAAUUUCAUCAUCUUCUCCUGCUCUGGUGUUCAGGUGGGCAUCUGUUUCAUAUGGCUGGGAAUCUUUCCCCCAUUCCCAGAUUCUGAUUUAUAUUCCCAAAAAGGGCAGAUCCUACUGCAGUGCAAUGAAGGUUCAGUCAUCAUGUUCUAUUCUGCCCUUGGCUACUUGGGCUUUCUGGCUUCCAUCUGUUUCUUGGUGGCUUUUCUAGCCCGAAAACUACCAGGGGGCUUCAACGAAGCCAAGUGGAUCACCUUCAGCAUGCUGCUCUUCUGCAGUGUUUGGGUUUCUUUUGUCCCCGCCUACCUGAGCACCAAAGGAAAAUACAUGGUGGCUGUGCAGAUCUUCUCCAUCCUGACCUCCAGCCUCGGCUUACUUGGCUGCAUCUUUGUCCCGAAAUGUUAUAUCAUCAUUCUGAGACCUGACAUGAACGCGAAGGAGCAUCUAAUGAUUAAAAACAAUGAGUGA